AUGGCAGCUGUAUUAGAUCCUUUGGUUGGAUCAUGCAUCACAAAGUUGCAAGAAAUCAUUGUGGAGAAUGCCGUACUAAUUCUCGGUGUAAAAGAAGAGCUCGAAGAAUUGCAGGGAACAAUAAAACAAAUACAAUGCUUCCUUUAUGAUGCCGAGCAAAGGAUGAUACAUGAGUCAGCAGUUCAAAAUUGGAUCAGUGAGCUAAGAGAUGCUAUGUAUGAUGCUGAUGAUAUUGUUGACUCGGCCAGAUUUGAAGGAAGCAAGCUACUAAGAGAUCACACAUCAUCAUCUAGAAAAUCAAAUCCAUGUUGGGACAUUUCGUUUUUAUCUUGCUUUCCUGGUAUUCAGAGGCGUCAUGAAAUUGCUGUUAAGAUCAGAGACCUCAACAAAAGAAUUGAGAAGCUCUCAAAGCAUGGAAACAGUUUUCUACAUCCCGGUAUAGCACCUUGUGGCCAAGGCUCAACAUCCAAACAGAGAUUAAGUUCCAAGCUUGUACAACCCAACCUUGUGGGAAAGGAGAUUGUACAUUCUAGCAGAAAACUGGUGGAUUUGGUGCUUGCCCACAAGGGAUAUAAGAAUUAUAAGCUCGCUAUUGUUGGUACCGGAGGGGUUGGAAAGACAACGCUAGCCCAGAAAAUAUACAAUGAUCAAAAAAUAAAAGGAAACUUCAACAAACACGCAUGGGUUUGUGUUUCUCAAGAGUGCAAUGAAGUUAAUCUUCUAAAAGAGAUUCUCAGAAAUAUCGGGGUGCAUCAAGAGCAAGGUGAGUCCAUAGCAGAGCUCCAGAACAAGAUUGCAGAAACAAUUGAUGGCAAGAGCUUCUUUCUUGUUCUAGAUGAUGUGUGGAAAUCUAAUGUAUGGACCGAUCUACUAAAGACUCCAUUGUGUAGUGCAAAUACAGCAGUGAUUUUAGUAACCACACGAGAUGUUAGAAUUGCAAUGAAUAUCCAUACAGAGCAUACCCAUAAAGUUGAUCUAAUGUCAGAAGAGGUGGGAUGGGAGCUACUUUGGAAGAGCAUGGAUAUUGUUGCAGAGAAAGAAGUACACAAUCUGAGAAGCACUGGGAUCGAAAUUGUUCGUAAAUGUGGCUAUCUCCCACUUGCCAUCAAGGUCAUUGCGAGUGUUUUGGCAAGGAAAGAUCAAACAGAAAGUGAGUGGAAAAAGAUUUUGAGAUUAAUUGAUGCUUGGUCAGAGAGCAAACUUCCUGAUGAUAUAGAAGGAGCUUUAUAUCUUAGCUACAAUGAGUUACCACAUCAUCUGAGGCAGUGCUUCCUUUAUUGUGCAUUGUAUCCUGAAGAUGCUGUAAUUUCCCGUGAUGAUCUUAUCAGAUUAUGGGUUGCUGAGGGCUUUGUAAAGGAACAACGAGGGCAACUACUAGAAGAUACAGCAGAAGAGUACUACUAUGAGCUAAUCCAUCGGAAUCUUCUCGAACCAGAUGAAACAUCUUUUGACCAUGCGAAAUGCAAAGUGCAUGACGUCUUAAGGCAUCUAGCUUGUUAUUUAUCAAGAGAAGAAUGUUUUGUUGGCGACCCGGAAUCAUUAAUGGUUAGCAGUAUGUCAAAAAUGCGACACCUUACUGCUAUCCCCAAGAAGGAUUUAUUAGUGUUACCUAGCAUGGAUAAUGGAGAAUUUAAGGUGAGGACCUUCCAGACUGACCACCAGCCAUGGAGAGUUGACAAUACAUUUUUCAUGAAAUUUCCGUAUCUUCGUGUUUUGGAUCUGAGUGACUCACUGGUACAACACAUUCCAGAUUGUGUUGGAAGUUUGAUCCAUCUACGACUACUUGAUCUCGAUGGUACAGAAAUAUCUUGUCUUCCGGAGUUCAUCGGUUGCCUCAUAAAUCUUCAGAUAUUGAACUUGCAAAGGUGUAAAGCUCUGCACUGUCUUCCUUUAGCAAUUACACGAUUGUGCAAUUUAAGGCGCCUUGGUCUGGAUGAUACACCAGUAAAUCAGGUUCCAGAAGGAAUAGGCAGAUUGAAAUUCAUCAACGAUUUAGAAGGAUUUCCUAUUGGCGCUGGAGGUGAUAAUGGUAAAACACAAGAUGGAUGGAAGUUGGAGGAGCUGGCACAUCUCUCACAGCUAAGGAAGCUUGAUAUGAUUAAAUUGGAAAGGGCUACUCCUUACAGUACAGAUUCAUUGCUGACAGAGAAAAAACAUCUCAAAGUUUUGUAUCUGUGCUGCACGGAACGUACAGAGGAACCAUAUUCAGAGGAAGAUGUUAGCAACAUUGAGAAGGUCUUUCAGCAGCUAAUCCCUCCACCCAACCUGGAAGAUCUAUGUAUCAGAGGAUUCUUUGGUCGGAGGUAUCCCACAUGGCUUGGUACCACCCAUGUGUCUUCAGUUAUACACUUGGUACUCAUAGACUGCAAUUCAUGUGUGCAUCUUCCACCAAUCGGGCAGCUGCCCAACCUGAAAUAUCUGAGAAUUGAUGGAGCAGCAGCAGUUACCAAGAUUGGGCCCGAAUUCGUGGGUUGCAGGGGGGAUAAUCGCAGAUCCACGGAUGCGGUUGUUGCUUUCCCCAAGCUCGAAACGUUGAUCUUCGGGAAUAUGCCCAAUUGGGAGGAGUGGUCCUUUGUUGAAGAUGGAGAUGCAGAGGCAGCGGAAGGGGGAGAGGAUGGAUCUGCUGAGAUACAAAAGGGGGAAGCCCCGUCUCCAGGGAUGCAGCUGCUGCCAUGCUUGAAGGAGUUGGGACUUGUGAGCUGCCCCAAGCUGAGAUCUCUCCCACGACAGCUUGGACAGGAGGCCACCAGCUUGAAAGAGCUCCAAUUAAGAGAAGCAAGCUCCUUGAAGGUGGUGGAGGACCUCCCGUUCCUCUCUGAGACGCUUCUAAUCCAGGGAUGCGGCGACCUAGAGAGGGUCUCGAACCUUCCUCAGGUGGGGAAUCUCCGUGUAACUCGUUGUCCAGACUUACGGUGCGUUGAGGGGUUAGGCAGUUUGCAGCAGUUGUGGCUGGAUGUGGAUAUGCAGGACAUAUCUAAGCUGUGGGUGCCGGGGAUUCAAGAGCAGCACCGGAAACUUCACGGUGAAGACGUGGAUGUAUACAUGUGGCCUAGAAGUGAGAAAACACCAGGUACUACUUGAUUCCAACAGCUCGUGAAACUAUAAUUUGGUCACUGAUCCAUGGGUGCAUCUUUUCUGGGUGGAAAAUUUAAAAAAAAAGGAAAAUGAAAAAUGAAAAAAAUUGAAAAUAAAUUUCCAACAAAAAUGAGAAAACGAUAAAAAUAUAAAAACAUAUUUUAUUUAGUUUGUAAUGCUUUGUUACGUUUUGUAAUGACAUGUAUGGACUUGUAUCCAGACUCUUCAUUAUUUUCCUCUUUGGUAGCUAGGGUAGGUAGGUAACUCCGCCUAUGUUAUGAUAAGUGUUAUACUUA